AUCAUCUUCCUCAAAACCCCCACCUCAAACUCCUCCUCUUCCGAUCACAAAUCCAAAAACCCAAAAUCAAAGCAAAAAUGAUGCACAUGACCUUUUACUGGGGUAACAAAGUGACUCUUUUGUUUGAUUUUUGGAGAACUGAUUCUUGGUCAAGCUAUGCCCUCGCUUUACUCGCUUGUUUCAUCGUCUCCGUUAUUUAUCAGUAUAUGGAAGAUCGCCAUCAACGAUUCAAGAUUCUCUCUUCAAAAUCCAAGAAAAACUAUCCUCCGCCGUCGUCCAACGCCGCCGUGAAUACCCCUCUUCUUUACUCUUUUCCGACUGUCGGCAGUGUGUGGAAUUCGGCGAGAUUUGCGACGGCGAUUCUAUUUGGGAUUAAUUCGGCGAUUGGGUAUAUGCUUAUGUUGGCUAUUAUGUCGUUUAACGGCGGCGUUUUUGUUUCCAUCGUUUUGGGUCUGUCGAUUGGAUAUUUGCUUUUUAGGACCGGUGAAGAGGAUGUUAUGGUAGUUGAUAAUCAAUGUGCAUGUGCUUGA